GACCGCUUCCGCUUUCAGUCGUGGCAUGACAACCCAGGGACAGCACUGAUGUAUGAACGUGACAGUGAUGAUGAAGAAUGGGAGGCAGAUGAUGUUCCUGCCAGUUCGUAUGCUGGUGUUCAAGAAACUGGAAUUCCUGCCGAAAACUACCUUGAUGCUUUAUGGCAGCAAGGUGGACUUGAAGAUCGACCCUUUGGUAUUUUUUACCAACUACACAGUGACUCCACUAGCAUUAAUCUCCAUGAUGCAGUGGAGAUAAGUCUUCGUCAGCAGAGGAGGUUACAACUGGAAGAAGAGACCUCACCAAAAGGUGUAGAGCAGGUGUCACAGGUGGAGUUGACACGUUUCAAUGUGGACCGUCCUCCUCCGGCCCAGACAUCACUGAGACAACAAGAACCCGAAGACCAGGAUGAAUCUUCGGGCUAUGCGACAGGUGGUAUAUCCAGUGCACAGAUACACAGUGUAGAUUUACAAGAGGCAGAGACACUGAGAAAACUGUCUGAUUCCGAAGACAUUAUGGACAGUGACAGUGACUGUGAUUCUGAUGAUAGAGAAGAGAGUUAAGAAGGAUCAGAAAAAAAGAAACCCCCCAAAACUAAUGCAUAGAAAAAACACCUCAGAACUUCAGAAGACUUUUAGUAUUUAGCUAGCUGCUUUAUUGUUUGUUUUUAUGUUGGUGGUGGUAUAAAUACAUGUAUAGAACUGUAAUGUUUUGUCUGAUGUUAUUACUAGGAGCGCAAUUGGUUGUUUGCCUGCUUUUAGCAAGUACCAUACUCACUGAUUCAGUAUCAGUGUGUUUCUUUUUUAACAAGUACCAUACUCACCAGACCCUAAAAUCGAUGGUGGCCCAAUGGACUACCUUUGUAACAUUCUUAGUCGCCCUUGACCAAUAAACGUCAUCAUGGGCGAUCAGGCGACUGCUAAUUUUCAACACUGCUUAAUCAAAAUAGAGUUGGACUUUCAUGGUUAUUUACCCAUUUUUGAGUUAUGGCCCUUGAACGUAGGAGAUAUGAACAUUUGUUUUCCAAACUUUUUUGUGUGUAUUGCUUAUUAUCUGAAGCACUUGACUUAUUAUCUCGAAUUCUCAACUUAUUAUGUCAGGCUUUCAAUUUAUUAUCUCAAGCUCAUGACAUAUCAUCUUUUUCAUUUGCAAUUUUUCUUUUUAUCCAUGUCUUGAUUCAGAACUUGACAUAAUAAGACAAGAGAUUGACAUAAUGUAUGAUAUAUAGAGUUAUUUCUUUCUUAUUUUAAAGAUCUUGAUCUCUUAUUAUUAUCUUGAGAUCUUGACUUAUGUCGACUGCUCAACUUAUUAGGUCCACUUACCAUUAAUAUGAUUCCAUGUGCAAGUUUAUUGAUAUAGUGCCUAUACACGUUUCUGCGAGUGUGCAUUCAGUGUGUGGAAUAGUUUAUUGAUGAGCUGUGACGUCAUAAUGCGAAGUGUUACUAGCACUGUAGCUGCUUAAAAGUACACUUUGGUGACGUCAAAGUAUCCCACUUGUGAACACUGAUAUGGAAACCCACAUUUCCGUGUGUGAUAACAGGCAUGAUAAAUUGUGUGUGGAAUCCCAUUAAUGGAAAGCGGGCUUUCUGUUGAAAUAUCUACCUAUUAUUUCAAGCUCUUGAAUUAUUAUGUCAAUAGGUGGAUUUAUUAUCUCAUGCUAUCAUGUAUGGUGGCAUAUAAGUCAAAAGCUUGAGGUAUAUAUAAUAUGUUGAUAGCAUGACAUAACAAGUCGAAUGUUGAGAUAAAAUGUCAGUAUUUCAACAUAAUAAGUUGAAUACUCGACAUAACAAGUAGAGAUUUCGAGAUAAUAAAUUGAAAGUUUGAGAUCUUUAAAAGUAAGUAAGAAAUAAGUGUGUCCUAAAAAUAUCACCGAAGUACAGUGCAUCUAUAUUAUAUUUUUUUUAGAUUGGAGAAAGUUUCGAGGCUUUAGUACAUAUUAAAUUAUGGGUAUUUUGGCAUUUUACAAAAUUAUGGCUAGUUUGACACUUGCUCUUGAUGGUGAAAUUUAAAAUUAAAAAAAGUGAGAAAAAAAAGUUAAGUAAUAAAACGGAAGUACAGAUACAAAACCUAUAGUCUCCUCUGGUUGGACUGGAAGGUGACUAAAAAUAAUUUUUUGUACAUUGCCUCGAGAUGAUUUUGUGUAUAGCUUUAUCAGGUACUCUUACAGAUCAAGUUUGACUUUCAUGGUGAUAUACCCAUUUUUGACAGAGUUAUGGCCCUUGAAAAAUGUGGCACAUAUCCUUACUGUUAGAGAUCAAGUUUGAAUUUUAUGUCAAUAUCCUCUUUUUGGCAAAGUUGGGCCUGGUAGGGAACAUGUGUUGUUUUAGCAGUACUUUCUAAAUGCUUGUUUUAAAAUCAUUUGUAUGUCAGAAAUAAAUAUAAUAAUUUUU